CUGGAGAAGAGCGCGGCCGACCUGACCGUGAUGGACGUCUACGACAUCGCCUCGCUGGUGGGCCAGGAGUUCGAGCGGCUGAUCGACCAGCACGGCUGCGAGGCCAUCGGGCGGCUGAUGCCCAGGGUGGUGCGCGUGCUGGAGAUCCUGGAGGUGCUGGUCAGCCGCGACCACAUCAGCCCCGAGGUGGAGGAGCUGCGCCUGGAGCUGGACCGCCUCCGCUUGGAGCGCGUCGACCGGCUGGAGAAGGAGAGGAAGCACCAGAAGGAGCUGGAACUGGUGGAGGAUGUUUGGCGAGGAGAAGCCCAGGACCUCCUCACCCAGAUUGCCCAGCUUCAGGAGGACAACAAGCAGCUGAUGACGAACCUCGCCAACAGGGACGUGAACUUCUCGGAGGAAGAAUUCCAGAAACACGAAGGGAUGUCAGAAAGAGAAAGGCAAGUGAUGAAAAAGCUGAAGGAAGUGGUCGACAAGCAACGGGAUGAAAUCCGAGCGAAGGACAGAGAGCUGGGACUUAAAAAUGAAGACGUAGAAGCACUCCAGCAGCAGCAAAACAGGUUGAUGAAGAUAAACCAUGAUCUGCGCCACCGGAUUACCGUCGUGGAAGCUCAGGGGAAGGCAUUGAUUGAGCAGAAAGUGGAGCUGGAAGCUUAUUUGCAAACCAAAGAGCACGAGAUGACGGCCUUGAGAGCGGAGCUGGGAAAACUGAGGGAGAAACUGCAAGGGGAACCGAGUCACAAUGGAGAAGAAGCACAGCCGGAAGAAGCCAACAACUCCGAGGAAGUCCUCUCGGAUGCGGAGAAGACCGCCUUGGAUCUGAAGGACCCCAGUCGGCCCAGAUUCACUCUCCAAGAGCUGCGGGACGUUUUGCACGAGAGGAACGAGCUGAAGUCAAAAGUUUUCCUCCUUCAAGAGGAGCUUCUGUAUUACAAGAGCGAUGAAUUGGAUGAAGAAACACGAUCUACUCAGUCCCCAGCCAUCCUUCAUUCCAAACCGUUGACUCAGCAAGAAUCCGGCAUCAAACGGCUGAUCUUUACCGCUGUUAUGCCCAUGGUUGCUGCCGGAUUGAUCCCGGACGAUCCCACAUUGCAGCCAAUCAGAAGACUUAUGUCUCUUAUUUAGCUUCUUCUCCCGCGACAAGA